GAGUCAUCUUUUUCCUCCUUCACGCUUUUCUUCGUUCAACCACACGCAACCGAUGACGACGCGGGGGGAAAUCGAGAAGCUCAUUCGCACGCACAGCGCCGAGACCGGCUCGCUCGCGGCUGCGCUGCAGCGGCUGCCGGACCUCCUUCUUGCUCCGGCUCAAUCCCGACGGGCCGUCGACGUCUUUCCUUCCUGUCAUCUCGCAGGGGCGGUGGAGCAGCUUUGCAGGUGCCGCGGCAUGAUUCAAGAGGUCCAACCGGAGGUGCAUCUCUUCUGUGCUUCCCGGCAGCACCUCCUCUCUCCCGCCGCUGCUGCUGCUCCGACGCCCGCCCAUUCCGCAGAAGACGACCCGCUGGAGUUCAUGGAUGCCGUGUCGCUCUAUGUCAUUCCUGUUCCCGGCAACGAUCACUUCUACACGGUGGACGACGCCACCGCGCCGAGCACGGAAGCCGCACGCGCCACGUCGUCCAGCGAGGCGCACGCAGAGCGAAAGCGCCGUGAUCGAGGGUGUGGACCGACGCCGGCUGUUCCUGCGAACACGGCGGAGCACAGCGCUCCCCUCUGUGAGGAGGAGGAAGGCGAUCGCAGUCGCAAACUGGCCAAGAUAGCCGUAGGCAACGUAAUGGCCGAUGUCGCCUCCCCCGACGCUGCGCUGGUCGGUGGUCUCUCCCUCAACCUUCCGCACCCGUCAAGACACCCGCAGCUGCAGACGGCUUGCGUUGUGACGGUGCUGCUGCCGUCGAUGCCGCCCAACGGCGACGCGGACCGGCGCCGCAGCCCGUUUCGAGUGAAUGACGUGAUUGAUUUUUACGGCUUUCAGCACUUCCCAGAUGAUCAGCUGGCGGUGAACGAGGACGACGACUUUCUGCGCUUCAGUGCGUGGAAUGCGACGGAGCUGUCGAAGGGGCUGGUGAGUCGUUUGCUCUGCCUCGCCUACAGUCCGGUGUCGUCGGUGCACUUGCCCUACGCUGUGUCCACCGCAGCUCUGCAGGCGGCAGACGUGGCGGAGCAUCGCACCCACGCUCUGCGGUAUCUCUCCGAGCACCUCACGGAGGGCGACGAGUUGGCGGCGGCGUACGUGCUGCUGCAUCUGUGCGCGAAGGUGUGCACGCACAGCGACGCCCUGCCCGUGGGCGACCUACCGCUCCUCGUCACGUCUCCCCGCCUGUGCGCGGAGGAGUGGUCGCUUCAGCUGCGCCGCAUCACGCCGGUGGCGGAGGUGUUCUUGCGAAGUGAGGCACUGCGCGCCGCCGCACCUACACGACUCACGCCGCGGUACAACAACGAGCUGAAUUAUCUUCAGUCCGGUCUGCUGCAGGUGGCGAACGGCUCGCACGUCACUAUUGACUGCACGGCACUCGGCACGCACGAUGGCGCAUGGUACGAGGGGAUGUUUGCGCUGGUGCACAAGCAGCUGCUCCUCUUGGAGUACCCCUAUCAAACGCUGGAGCUGCCGGUGGACGUCACGGUGCUCGCGCUGCACGCCGCGCCAGACUUGGCAGCCCUACACCCGCUAUUUCAGUUUGCGGUGUGUGUGUGCUGGGAGCCGUCGUCGCGGUCACCCGAGAAGGACGCGGCGCAGAGCUCGUUGCCCGCCAGCGAUGUCGUGCGUCGAUACCUGGCUACAGUGCGACAGCUCCCCGCCAAACUGGAGGAGUUGGACGAGUCCGUUUCGGCCCAGGCCUCCGCGGCGCUGCUGGAGAUGUCGCACGACAUUCCCGGCUGGAACAAUCGCGACCCGCUGCUGCACAACAACUCCUUCUCCGUCGCAACGGCCCUCAUGCGGGCUCAUGCGGCAAGUUGGGGGCGGAGUAACUUCACGGCGGACGACAUCGCGAUGGUGCGGCAGCUGGAGCGUGCCCGCGUCGCCCGGCUAAGGGACGCAUCCGCCUGA